GAAUAUUCAACGGUAACCAAUCGGAUAAUCUCGGCGUAUGCUCGAGGUUUCUUACACGGAUCGAUUGUCAAUCGGAAAUUCAAGAACCAAAAUGGCGGCGGUAGCAGCUCAGAAAGUUCAAGAGGUACGGGAUAUCACAAGAAUAGAAAGAAUUGGGGCACAUUCUCACAUUCGUGGUCUUGGCUUGGAUGAUGCAUUGGAAGCAAGACAGGUCUCCCAGGGGAUGGUUGGGCAGGUGACUGCACGUAGAGCUGCUGGUAUCAUCCUUGAGAUGAUUAAAGAGGGCAAGAUUGCAGGCAGAGCAGUGCUGAUUGCUGGGCAACCAGGAACUGGAAAAACAGCCAUAGCUAUGGGUAUGGCUCAAUCUCUUGGACCAGACACACCCUUUACCUCUAUUGCUGGCAGUGAAAUCUUCUCUCUGGAGAUGAGUAAAACAGAGGCACUUACCCAGGCCUUCAGAAAGUCUAUUGGUGUGCGCAUUAAGGAAGAAACAGAAAUCAUUGAAGGAGAAGUAGUUGAGGUUCAGAUUGAUCGACCAACCACUGGAACAGGAGCCAAAGUUGGCAAACUCACCCUCAAAACCACAGAGAUGGAGACAAUUUAUGAUCUGGGAACCAAGAUGAUUGAGUCCCUUACAAAGGAGAAAGUACAGGCAGGGGAUAUAAUUACUAUCGACAAAGCCACAGGAAAAAUAUCCAAGCUUGGUAGAUCCUUUACAAGGGCAAGGGACUAUGAUGCAAUGGGGCCACAGACCAAGUUUGUGCAAUGCCCCGAGGGAGAACUACAGAAGAGGAAAGAAGUCGUUCACACUGUCACCUUACAUGAGAUUGAUGUCAUCAACAGCAGAACCCAAGGUUUCCUGGCUCUGUUCGCAGGUGACACUGGAGAGAUCAAGUCAGAGGUGCGUGAGCAGAUUAAUUCAAAAGUUGCUGAAUGGCGGGAGGAAGGCAAAGCGGAUAUUGUUCCUGGGGUUCUAUUUGUGGACGAAGUGCACAUGCUGGACAUCGAAUGUUUCUCCUUCCUAAACAGAGCUCUCGAAAGUGACAUGGCCCCCGUCCUGAUUAUGGCUACAAACAGGGGAAUCACAAAAAUUCGUGGUACCAAUUACAAGAGUCCACAUGGCAUCCCCCUGGAUCUCCUUGAUCGACUGCUCAUCAUCUCCACUCAUCCGUACGAGGAGAAGGACCUGAGGCACAUUCUCACUAUUAGGUGUGAGGAGGAAGAUGUUGAAAUGUCAGACGACGCUAUGAUGGUGCUGACUAAAAUCGCUCAAGAGACCUCUCUGCGUUACUCCAUUCAGCUCAUUACGGCAGCCAGCCUCGUCUGCAGGAAGAGGAAGGGUACAGAGGUCGCGAUGGAUGACAUCAAGAGAGUAUAUUCCCUCUUUUUCGACGAGUCGCGCUCCACACAAUUCCUCAAGGAGUACCAACAGGAGUUCAUGUUCAACGAGGAAUCCGAGACAACCGAACCAGACACCGAGGCGAUGGACACUGAACUAGCUUCCUAAAAAUCACUUCUCAAAAACUGGACAAAUUCGCUCAGGUCUAGAAAUCACUUUCCGAGAACUGGACAGAUUCCCUUAGGCCUAGAAAUCAAUUCGAAGAGUUGGAGAUUUCCUUAGGCCUACAAAUCAUUUUCUGAGAACUAGUCAGAUUUCUUGAGGUCUAGGCGUUAAUUGGUACAUUACAUGCCCCUCUCCACCGACUUGAGAUCUUCCCAUGAGCUAUCGCUUUACAUACCAUCUAUUUUCGUUUGCGGUUCACACGAUCUCGUUAAGUGGUACAUCACUUUCAUUCUGUGGUUCACACGAUCUCGUUCAGUGGUACAUCACUUUCAUUCUGUGGUUCACACGAUCUCGUUCAGUGGUACAUCACUUUCAUUCUGUGGUUCACACGAUCUCGUUCAGUGGUACAUCACUUUCAUUCUGUGGUUCACACGAUCUCGUUCAGUGGUACAUCACUUUCAUUCUGUGGUUCACACGAUCUCGUUCAGUGGUUUUGUUGGGGCUUAUGUAGCAAAGGUGCCGUUGUCUUUUUCAAGCCUCAAUUCGACCCUAUUGUUACCGAACAUAAUACAUUGUGUGGAAAAUGUUGUUGUAUUUAAGAUUUUCCGUCGUCAUACGUGAAAUAUCGGCUCUUCUCUGUUGCUAUUUGUGUUUGUGGGCGACAUUUAUUAAAAAAUAAAAGAAGUAAAACCGCU